AUGAGUCUGGAGUCCCUUUUCCAGCACAUCAUCUUCUCGGAGCAUCGGGCCGAGGAGGGUCGCCGGUUGAUGCGAGAAGUAAAGUCAGAAAUAACCAGAUGUCGUGAAAAAAUUCAGAGAGCCACAGAGGAGCUGAAGGAAGAGAAAAUCAAGUUGGAUUCUAAGGUUCAACAGUUUUCUGAAAAAUCCUUCCUCUUACAACUUAUGAAAAUCCAUGAAAAUGCUUUAGAAAGGCAGUGCAAUGACAUUACAAACCAAAGGAAAAUGCUUCUCCAAACCUUUGAGGCUACAAAAAGAAAAGCAACAGAGGAAGAAGAGAAAUUUAUUAAGGAAAUUACAGAUUUCAAUAAUGAAUAUGAAAUAACAAAGAAAAGAGAGCUUUUGAUGAAAGAAAAUGUCCAGAUGGAAAUAUCUGACUUGGAGAACCAGGCCAACAUUUUGAAAAGGGAAAUGAAGUCAAUGGAAUGCAACAGUGACCAUCUGGAUGAACUCCAGAAACAAAACAGUGCAUUGAUACAAGAAUUACUUACUCUCCAGAAAAAACUUAAAGUUCUUAAAGAUGAGGAGAGGGAAGCCAUAUAUACCACCAAAUACCUAGAAGCAGAAAAAGUCAAAAUCAAAGAAAAGCCUCAAAAUGAUGCUGAAUGCUUGAGAAUGAGUGAAGAAAUUUUUUGGUGGGGAAUUAAGGAAUACACAGAAAAGUAUAAUCUGAGGGACUACUUAGAAGAGUAUGGCAAGAUUGAAACCAUAGAAGUGAUGGAAGACACACAGAGUGGAAAAAAGAGAGGAUUUGCUUUUGUAGCUUUCAGUGAUCGUGGUACAAAAUGUUUUUGA